CUUGGCACCAUUUCCCACAAAUUAAUUUGGUAGGCUAGCUAGCUUGGAUAUAUAGAAUGAUGAAGAACAUGAUGAGCAGCGCUACUGUUCGUCCGUGGCUGAUGAUGAUGAUGAUAUCCAUAGUAACAUUAUUAUUCCAAGUGCAGCAGCUGGCCGGCGCUCAGCUGCAGCGGCAGGUGGCGGCGGUGUUCGUGCUGGGUGACUCGACGCUGGACGUCGGCAACAACAACUACCUCCCCGGCAAGGAUGUGUUCAGGGCCAACAAGCCGUACAACGGCAUCGACUACCCUGCCUCCAAGCCUACCGGUCGCUUCAGCAAUGGCUACAACGUCGCCGACUUCAUAGCAAUGAAGCUGGGGUUCAAGAAGAGCCCUCCGGCUUACCUGUCGCUGCUGCAGGGGCCUGCAGCUGCAGCCAAUCUCACUCUCGCCAUCAAAGCUCUCACCGGAGGCGUCAGCUUUGCUUCCGGAGGAGCCGGCGUUCUCGACUCCACUUACGCAGGGAAAUGCAUCCCGCUGUCGACGCAGCUGCGGAGCAUGGAGGCGACGAGGGCGGCCAUGGUGUCCAAGGUCGGCACCCGCGCCGUCGCCGCCCACCUCGCCCGCUCCUUCUUCCUCCUCGGCGUCGUCAACAACGACAUGUUCGUCUUCGCCACCGCCCAGCAGCAGCAGAACCGCUCCGCCACGCCGGCCGAAGUCGCCGCCUUCUACACCACCCUCAUCACCAAAUUCUCCGCCGCCCUCACGGAGCUGUACGAGAUGGGGGCGAGGAAGUUUGGCAUCAUCAACGUGGGGCUGGUCGGUUGCGUGCCGCUGGUGCGAGCGCAGAGCCCCACCGGCGCCUGCAGCGACGACCUCAACGGCCUCGCCGCCGGCUUCAACGACGCCCUCGCCUCCCUCCUCUCCGACCUCGCCGCGCGCCUUCCCGGCUUCGCCUACUCCAUCGCCGACGCCCACGCCGCCGGCCAGCUCGCGUUCGCCGACCCCGCGGCGUCCGGGUACACCAGCGUUGACGCCGCGUGCUGCGGGAGCGGGAGGCUGGGCGCGGAGGAGGACUGCCAGGUGGGCUCCACGCUCUGCGCCGACCGCGACAAGUGGGCCUUCUGGGACCGCGUCCACCCCUCGCAGAGGGCCACCAUGCUCAGCGCCGCGGCCUACCACGACGGCCCGGCCCAAUUAACCAAGCCCAUCAACUUCAAACAGCUCGCCCGCACCACUGCUUAAUUACGGACUACUACGUACUCUUAUUUUAUUUGUUAGUGUAUAUUCAGCUAGCAAAUUCAAUUCACUCAAUAUGAGAGCAUCGUAAUGUAAUAUAUAUUUGUUCAUGUAUGCAUAUGCGUUGAUUUUUCUUUUGGGGCGAAGCAGUGUGUACCAGGAAUGAACGUACACACAAAUUUUGAUUUUUUUUCUAAAGAAAUUGUGAUGUAAUUUUUUUUAGAAUUUGUGAUGUAUUUGGAGAUGAUCGAUUUGAGGAUUCGGAGAUAUCCUAUUAUGUGAUCUGUGAUAA